AUGACCACUCCUCCUACUCCCGGCCAAGCGGCAUCGACCAGCAUCCAUCAAAUCUCAUGGAUAGACAAGUUAGAUCUCAUUCCCGGUCUUCUCUCGAUUUUGGGCACCGCCAUCUAUGCUGCAGUCACAGCCCCCUUUCGAGGAGAGGCCGGAGCAUACACUUUCAAACAGCAUGUCACUCAUGCCAUGGUCCGAAAGAUGGUUACGAGACUGGACACCCACCAACUCCAGUACGUCGGAGAGCCUUUUUCCAAGGUCUACGAGAAAUGGUAUAGGAGCCAAGGAGGCAAACCCGAUAUUGUCACUCUGAACUCGGGACGUAAAGCCUUCUGGAUGGGCGACCACAAAACUGCCAAAUAUAUUGUGGUAUACUAUCAUGGUGGUGGCUUCUCGCUCGACGGCGAUGAUACCCAUUUCAGGUUUUGGCAUUCAGUCCAAAAAGACCUUCAAGACAACAACAUUCCUGUGGCCUUUUUAUUUCUCGAGUACAGCCUUGUACCGCAUGCCACAUAUCCCACCCAGAUCAUUGAGGCCAUCGAAGCGGUCAACUAUGUUACCACGGAGCUCAAACGACCAGCAUCUGAGAUUCUUCUUGCUGGAGACUCAGCAGGCGGAAACAUGUGUCUUGCGGUCCUAUCACAGAUCAUGCAUCCCUCGUCCCAGCUUCCGGAAGUCCAACUCGCCGAUGGAGAUAAACUCAAAGGCCUUGUCCUUGUUGCACCAUGGGUCUCCUUCAGGACUGACUGGCCGAGCGUGAAACGCAACGAACCCAAAGAUAUCGUGUGUGAGUAUGGCGGGCGGAAGUGGUCCCGGGAUUAUCUUGGUGGUAAAGAGACGAGCCCUUUUGCCGAAGCACUUCUCGCUCCAGCCGAUUGGUGGAAGGACUCGAAAGUCGAACAGUUACUUGUCGUUGCAGGAGCGGACGAGAUAUUGAUUGAUCCUAUCAAUCAGUGGGUGGACAAAUUCAAGUCUGUCAAUCCCGACACCACAACGUAUGUCGUCGGAGCACACGAAGGGCAUAUUGCCCCUAUUUUCAACUUGAGAUUCGGCGAUACUACUGAAACCGAACAGGGGAAAGCGAUCAAGUCGUGGAUGAAGGCCAAACUGUGA